AGAAAAUGACCUGCGGGGGGAAAAAACAAAAACGAGAGAAUAGAACCCGACAGUUUGCAUCACAGGAACCUCUGGAGACUUCUAGUCAAUGUAUUUCUACAGCACCAGAUAUCGCAACAUGAUAUGCAUGAUAAAUAUUACCCGGCCCAUGGUGACACUUUUGGUUUUUGCAAAUGCUGCCAACCGAGCGGCACCUUUUUAUACAGACUAUGAGCUGCAGACCACCUUGCACGCCUUUGUGUCAAACAACAUGAGUCAUCACGAGAUGCACGUGGGCCUGCAUUCAUUUUUUCACAGCGCACCUAAAUAGUUAUUAUUGUAGGUUGAAUUCAGAAUUAAAGCAAAUUGUGUUUUAUUGAUUUUUCACUUUUUAAAUGUUACUCAGCCAAAGCUUUGUGGCAUUAGUUCAAAGUUCAAAUCUGAUAUUCACACCACGUCAGUUUCUACAGAAGACACGCUAAUUUAUUAGAAGUUUCUGGAAGCCCGUUUAAAUCCCAAUAUUCACAGUAACCAAGUCUGCCAGCCUAUAGUGCUGCACCGUGUCACAAUAUAGAGUGAUGACUCAAAGGUUUCAGCACAAGCCAUGUGGAAAUACUACGGCUGUGCAACGUAUAAAAAGGGAAAGGCUUGAUGGGGAUGCAGUACAUCUGGAAUUAGCUCACAAGUAUCAUGGCUGUGGGGAAGAUCAUCUUUUACGAGGACCGGAACUUCCAGGGCCGCUCCUAUGAGACCAGCAGCGACUGUCCCGAGCUCACCUCCUACCUGAGCAGGUGCAACUCCUGCAGGGUGGAGAGCGGCCUCUUCGUGGUCUACGAGAAGCCCAACUUCACGGGCCACCAGAUGCUGGUGAGGCGGGGCGAGUAUCCCGACAACCAGCACCUGAUGGGCAUGAGCAUGAGCGACUGCAUCAGGUCCAGCCGCAUGGUCCCCAUGCACAGAGGAACCUUCAGAAUGAAGAUCUACGAGAAGGAGAACUUCGGGGGCCAGAUGCACGAGUUGGUGGACGACUGUGACAACAUGAUGGAUCGCUUCCGAAUGUCCGACUGCCAGUCGUGCAGCGUGGUGGAAGGCCACUGGCUGAUGUUCGAGCAGCCCGGCUACAGAGGCAAGAUGCUGUACCUGAGGCCAGGAGAGUACAGGAACCCCAGGGAGAUGGGGAUGAGCGGCAUGACGAGGUUCAGCUCCAUCAGGCGCAUCACAGACUCCUGUUAACUCUCAAUGUACCCAGCUGGAAGAAUAAAGCAAGCUGACAAAUCUA